AUGGCAACAUCUUUGUCAAAUACAUCACAAUCUCGUGAAGUUAUUCUCAAUAAAUUUCAAGAGAUAACAGGAACGAAUAUUGAAGAUGCUAUCGAUUUACUUAAUCAAUACAAUUGGAAACUUGAUGAUGUUAUCAAUGAUUAUUAUAAUGGAAUUGAAUUAAAAGAAAUUCCUAAUCAUAAUCCAAGUUUGGGUAGAUUUUAUUCCAUUGAUGAUGACUCAUCUGUACAACAUGAUGAUUUUCAUUAUGCUACAUUAUUAAAUGCUUAUGGUGAUGCCGAUGAAUGGGCAAGAAAACAAAAACUUAUUACAAAUCAACCAAUAUAUCAUGAAAAACAACGUUUAAUGCGUUGUGGACUUCAUUCGUUAAAUAAUCUUUUUCAAAUUCCAAAAUUAUUUACUAAUCAUCAUUUAGAAAGUAUUGUACGUGAAUAUGAUAAACGAAAACUUUUUAAUGAUUAUCGAACAUUAUGGUUAGGAAAUUAUGAUCUACGUAUAUUAAUUGAAGCUAUUAAUCGUUGUGGUUUUAAUGUACGACAAAUAAAUAUUUAUCAUGGUGAAUCAAUUGAUAAACUUCCAUGGGAUUCAUAUUUUGGUUUAUUAAUUAAUUUAAAUGGUACACAUUGGUUUACAAUUAAAAAUCUCAAUGGAAUUUAUUAUAAUCUAGAUUCAACAUUACGAAAACCUAUACAAAUUGGACAGAAACAUAAUUUAAUAGAAUAUCUAUUUCAUUUAAUUCAUAGAACACAAACUGUUUAUUUAUUUGUUGUAUCACAACAAAUGAAUGAAACUAUAUUGUCAUAA